GACGGUAUUGGCUUCUUGAUGCGGGGCAAUAACAACGCAGAGGCGGCCGAAUGGCAGAGACGAGAUCAACGACACGCAGUCAGCAAUCAGAUGCCGGGGUGCGGCAUCGAGACGUCAGAUGGUUUUUGUCAGCUUUUAUCUCUCCCCACACGCCCGCUCCCCAUGCGUCCCCUCUGCGCCUGCACCCCUUGUACUUUUCUGGCCCUGCCUGCUGCAAGGACCCUCGUGGAUCCCGUGGGAUGGCGGCGCCCUCGCUGCUCUGGCACCACAUAGGCAAGGGCGCCCUCGAGGGUGCGAAGUUAUUCGCGCUUCGCGGCUCGGCUCCGAUUCCUCCUCAUCCUCCUCUUCUCCCUUUGGAGGCGGCGCGAGAGCGCGAAGUGAUUCGCACUUCGCGCUUCGCGCAGCGCAAAGGGCGAAGUUGGGAGCCCUUGAUAGGCAUGACCGCGUACGCCGCUUUCCUGAAGCUGACCCUCGGCACGGACGACUUGGUCUGGCUCGCCCCUUUCGUGGCGCGGGAGAGCACCAGGGCUGGCAAGCUGAGGGUGACCAUGUUGUACUCGGCGUCGGUGACGGUCUUGGUGGCCCUGGCGGCCGUCAUCGCCCUGGUACCCGCUGAUGAUUGCAGCGGGUGUCUACCAGGACGAGGCGUGUGA